AGCAGACCCAAGAAUUAGACGACUGACGCUGCGCUGCUCAUCGCGCUCGUUACUUUCUUUCCUCAUCUGCCUCGAAAUGCUGCUACCACGGAUAGCACCUACUGCCCUCCGGUUGCAGCCCCAAUAUGCGCACCAAUGCCUGCGGAGAAUGACUCCGCUACGGCAUGCAUACUCCACCGAGCAGGCCUCACCACCAACCGUACCCUGGAAGACUCCACACAGCAUAACCUCAUGGCCUCCGGAGCCGCUGAUUCCACCGCCAAAAGAAGGCGAGAUCUUGCUGGAGCGGCGACCAAACCGCGAUCUCCCCCCUCUCCCACCCUUAAUCCCCACCCAAGUCAAGCGCACCUUCCCCAUCUUCGUCCUCGUCAUGGCCGCGUCCAUCUUCGCCUUCUUCAACUACCAAAAGCAAGAAUCCUCCGUCGUAACAUCCACGCUCUACGCCCUGCGCACCAAUCCCGCCGUGAGGGAACAACUAGGCGAUGAGAUAUACUUUGCCAGCAAAUACCCCUGGAUUAGGGGCGAAAUCAAUCAGGUUCAUGGCAGGAUAGAUAUUAAUUUCUGGGUGAAGGGGACGAGGAAGCAGGGCCUUGUGAGGUUGAGGUGUAGGAGGAGGGGGAAGACUGGUUAUUUUGUGACCCAGGAGUGGAGUCUGACCUUGGAGGACGGGACGGUCAUGCAGUUGUACGAUCCCGAGGGUAGUGCUAUUGAUCCAUUCCGGGGAAUGGGAACCGAGGAUGCGGUAUAGUCCUUGUAUUGUCAUUGAAGGUGGAGAGAGUGAAUGCAUAGCGCAUGGGCUUCACAAAGCCUGCUGCAUAGAUGCCGGAUAGCGAAAAUUCGCAUGUAAGACCGUCAUCAUCCCACGCCGUCCUCCCGAGAUCAUUAUCCAUGUGCGAGUAUCAAAGCCAACAAGGGGAGAAACUAUCGGUCCACAUUUUCGUCUCAUCUGAAGAAAAUGCGACC